UUCCGCUCCUUUCAAAACCCCUAAAUCAGAACACAACUCAUAAUUAAGACUCAAUGCAACAGCAGCAGUCAUCUCCGGCACCACCACAGACGGCGGCGAUUUCCGCCGGAGCACCGUCUAGUGACCAACAGACUGCUGAGGCGCCACCGAAACAGGUCGCGCUAGCCAUGGACCGGCUAGCUCAAGCUGGCCGCCUCAUUGCUGACAUCAGAAUCGGCGCCGAUCGCCUCCUCGAAGCCCUUUUCGUUGCUGCCUCCGAGCCGCAUCAGCAAUCCUCCAAACCCUUGCAGCUAAUCGUUAAAGAAGAAGCUUCCAUGCGCCAAUACCUCCAAGACCUCCGCACCAUCGGUAAGCAGUUAGAGGAUUCUGGGGUUCUCAAUGAAUCUCUUCGCUCCAGAAGUAAUUCGUGGGGUCUUCAUAUGCCUCUGGUUUGUCCAGAUGGUGCUGUUGUUGCAUAUGCAUGGAAACGUCAACUUGCUGGUCAGGCUGGUGCAUCUGCUGUAGACAGAACUCGGUUGGCUCUCAAGGCUUUCACUGAUCAGAAAAGAAGAUUUUUUCCUCACCUUGAUGAUGCUGCUAGUGUGGAAUCUGCUAAAAAGAAACAUUGUGCUCCUGUAGUGUUAGAAGAGCUAAGUGAACUGAGAACACUAUCAGAUAUUCUUACCCUUGUAGAAAAAGAGGUCCCAAAUGUCAAAACUUCUACAUACCAGCGUUUGGAAUGGUUGAAAAGAGCUUCCUUGCUUCCUUCUUGUGAAAGUUCAAUUGAGUCUUCAAAGGAUCAUGGAUUUCAUAGUAAAUUUAGACAGGGAUCAGUAAGCAAUGUCACUGCUGAUAAGGUUUCUGUAAUUGAAUUGCUGUUUCCGUCUAUUUUUAGAGCUAUAAUAUCAUUGCACCCAUCCGGUUCCACUGUUCCUGAUGCUGUGGCUUUCUUCUCACCAGAUGAGGGUGGCAGCUACAUGCAUGCUAGGGGGUUUUCAGCUUAUAAUGUAUUUCGGCAUAUUACGGAACAUGCUUCCUUGGCUUUGCAAUAUUUUGUUGGUAUUAAUGCUGAAACAGCCUUAUAUACUCUAUUGCAUUGGGUCUGCAGCUAUCGGACUAUCCUUACAAAAGUUUGCAGCAAGUGCGGCCGACUGCUAACUAUGGACCAACAAUCAGGGUUAUUAUUGCCCCCAGUUUUUCGGCCCUACCGACAUUUUUCUGCUGGUAAAGUUUCAUCCAAGAGUUCCUCAAGUGAGGAUCAAAGUGCCAAUCCCAUAGAAGCUUUUCAUGUUGCCUGCUAUUCAGAAGCAGCAUAAGCUAGUUUAUACAUUUGAACCAUUGUUAAUCAUAGGCUUGUCUCUAGUGCAUGUACACAGAAUGAAGUAAUAGGUGCUUGUGAAUGUUGUUUUGGUUAGCUCAUAGCUGUCAUAGGUUUAUCAUCUAAGGAAACUAGGAAAAGCUCAUUAAAUGUUGUAAUCUAGGUUUUAGUUUAGUUUCACUUGGGUACACGCUGAAAAUAGAGGUCUUUUAUAAUUGAAAUGGUCUCUCAUGGUGUUACAUUUUUGAGCUAACAUUUUAUUAUUUGCCAUAGGCAAUGAACUUUUUUAAUUUGCAUUGAA